UGACACCAGAACUGACAAUAUUGUUGAAGUCAGUAAAACCCCUAAAGAGGCAAUUGUGGUGCUCUUUGAUUCAAGUUCUUCAAUGAUGGAAGAAUGUUAUGACACUGCCAGUCAAAUGAAGCGCAUUGAUGCUGUCAAGCAAAUCUUUGACAGCUUUUCAAACCGAAGCAUGUCAUAUUAUUUUCAACAUGUCAUCUGCCUUGUGAUGUUUAAUGACAAAGUGAAAACUGUUCUUAAAUUCACUGAAAAUUUGGAAACCUUCAAGAAGCAAGUGCAUGGUAUUGAAGCAUCUGGGUACACUAGGUUAUAUGAUGCACUUGUUCGUGGAAUCUCAGAGCUUGAAAAUAUCAAGAAAAGAUUUCCAGUUUGCAGAUGUCGCAUCUUGUGUUUGACAGAUGGCAAUGAUUUCAGUUCCAUGAGUAAUCCAGUCACCAUUGCCAGAAAACUGAUGGACAGCAAUAUUGUGGUUGAUGCAGUCAUUGUUGGCGAAGCAGAUAACACUGUUUUACAUGGAAUCAGCUAUGUAACAGGUGGCUAUUGCUUUAAGCCUGAGAAUGCAAAAGUUGCCCUUAGGCUAUUUGAAACUGAAACUGAAACUGUCUUGUCAAUGGAACUGAGGGCAGAGAGAACAAGGGUACCUGUGUCUUCCAUAAAAACAGAGGAAGACUUGACCAAAUUUUUUGCCACCCAUGGCUACGAUGAAAGACCAGAGAUUAAGCUUCCUGUUCAAAUCACAGAGAAAGUGGCCAGGACAGAGAAGUAUUAUUGAGUGUCCACAAAUUCAGACUACUAGGCAUUUACUCUGUUUAAUGUGUAAAUACUAUUCAUUUAUAGCUAAGCAUUUAAAAAAGUCACAGGGUUCUUUUAAGAUCUAAAAUGGUAUUUGGACCCAGAAACUAAGUUGCGUGUUGUCAGACUUGACA